GAUACAAAGGAGGAGGUCUCAGAGAAACCAAAGUCUGCUCCAACUGUGGAGAAGCAUGGCUGGAUUAAGAAAAGCAGUGGAGGGCUCCUGGGAUUGUGGAAGGAUCGUUACAUCCAGCUAAGGAAGACACAGCUCGUGGUCUAUGAGGAUGAGGAUGAACAGAAGUGCAUAGAAACAGUGGAACUGGAGAGUUAUGACAAGUGCCAGGAGCUGCGUGCACUACUAAAAAAGAAAAACCGUUUCAUUUUAAUCCGCGCCCCGGGUAAGAAGGUUCAUGAUAUCAAAUUUCAAGCUUCAACUUUGGAAGAAAAGGAAUCGUGGAUAAAAGCCCUUAAUGAAGGCAUCAAUAGAGGCAAAAACAAAAUAUUUGAUGAGGUGAAAGUGGAUGAGAGCCUUUCCUUGGACCACGUAACUCGGGACAGAGUGAAGGUGUCCCAUGGGCGCAGACCACCCACAAGAACUCACCUAAAGGAGGCUGCCAAGUGUACAUCAGAUGGUAUCUUGAGACUAGACCUGGAUAUGGUAGACAAUGGACCACCAACCUUUGAUUCCACUAUCAGCGAAAGUGACAAUGCACCACCUCAAAAAGAAACUCCAAAACCACCUAUGCCACCUACAAAACCCACUGGCAUAAAAGAAAACCAAGAGGCAGAGAACAAUGUUCCUGACCAGGAGCAUAAAAAACCUCUGUCUCCUCCCUUGCCUCCAGAUAAGAAGCUCAAGGAAGGCCUCGCAUCAAAGGACAGUGUAAAUACCAAGGAAGAGGACUCUGUAAGCCCAGCAGAGAAUAUGGAAGGAUCCCAAGCACCAAGUGAGGAGAACAAGGAGAACCAUAUUGAGGUCAGCAACAGGGGCAUAGCAAAACCUCCAAUUCCACCUCCUAAGAGUGUGCCAGACAAGCUAAAAGUAGCUUGGGACCAACCAAUCACUGAACCUAAAAAGACAGAAGACUUGAAAUCAUCAGGAGUUGAUAGCAAAGACAAUCUGGCUGAGAUUGCUGCUGCAGAUGAUGUUACAAAGCCUCCUGUUCCUCCUAAGGUUGUGUCAGAAAAAAUGGUUGCCACAGUGAACUCCAGCCAUGCUGACCUGAAAGCUGGGGGCAGGGAAGAGCUGGAGUCUGGCAGCUCCAAGCCCCCAGUGAACGGGAUCGCAGCCAGCGAGGUAGCAGAGUUCACAUCCCCAACAGCUGAAACAGAAGAAGGAAAUGGGGGAACUGCUGCUGAGAAGGAACAGCAAACUUCAGCAGAAGAGACAGAGACUUCCUUAGCCACAGAAGCAGACCAUGAGACUGUAAAAGCAACUACUGAGAAGACAAAUCCUACAGAAAGCACUUCAGGUCUCAAACUUCGCAGUUCUUCUCUGGGAAAUUUGCUCUCCGAGUCCAAAAAUAAACAGGGUGCACUUCCAGGCCAAGGAUUCCCGAAGGAUUCCCAUCAAUGCUUAGCUACAAUGGAGGAGAAAGUUGCUAAUGAAAGGGAAAAGGCAGAAAAACUUCUGCAGAAGGUUUUACGUGAAGGGCUGGAACAGGCCCAGGAGGGGAAUGGACCCCCAGUGAUGGCAGAGACCUUGCUCAAUGAGGCAGUGGAACAACUUCGGCAAGCUACACAAGUUUUGCAAGAAAUCAAAGGUCUUGGAGAACUGAAAAAAGAAGCAACACAGAAACAGAAAGAAAAGCAAAAGGAUCUAGUGACUCUUUAUAGGAGAAGUGCUCCCUGA